GUGACGCUGCUGUUUGGGUGCCAGACGCUCACUUGACAGACGAGCUGGCUUCAGUUCCUGGUUUCGAACAUGGACCCGGGCAGUAAUUCAGAGGAUGAGUUAGUUGGCCCAUCGGAGGAUGCUUCAGAAGAGGAACUGCCUUGCCUUCCUCCAGGCCUCUCUGAUGGAGAAGCCAUGGAGCUCCUUUGGCAGCUGCGAUCACGUCGGCGCCAGUUAUCCCCAGAACUCCCAGAGACCGUCUCCCGUCUUACUGCCCCUGAUGGCAGCACUUUGUACUUGGUGGGCACUGCCCAUUUCAGUGACAGCAGUAAAAAGGAUGUGGCUACAACAAUCCGAGCUGUUCAGCCAGACGUAGUGGUGGUGGAGCUGUGCCAGUACAGAGUGUCUAUGCUAAAGAUGGAUGAGAACACACUGCUAAAGGAAGCCAAAGACAUCAACCUAGAAAAAGUUCAACAGGCCAUUAAACAGAAUGGGCUGAUGUCUGGUCUGAUGCAGAUACUUCUACUCAAAGUUUCAGCGCACAUCACAGAACAGUUGGGCAUGGCUCCCGGAGGAGAGUUUCGGGAGGCGUUUAAAGAGGCCGGGCGGAUUCCUUUCUGUAAAUUUCACCUUGGGGACAGACCCAUACCUGUCACUUUUAAACGGGCGAUUGCUGCACUUAGUUUUUGGCAGAAGGCGAGGCUGGCAUGGGGCCUUUGUUUUCUUUCAGACCCAAUUAGUAAAGAAGAUGUAGAGAAAUGCAAACAGAAAGAUCUGCUUGAACAGACCAUGUCAGAGAUGAUUGGAGAGUUUCCAGCGCUUCACCAAACCAUUGUGGCAGAGAGAGACAUUUACCUCACUCACACACUCAGGCAGGCAACACGCUGUGUGGAGGCUCCCCCUAAUGGCCAGAAAGUCCCUGGUGUGGUUGUGGGAGUCGUGGGGAUGGGCCAUGUCCCUGGAAUAGAAAAGAACUGGGAAAAGGACCUCAACAUUAGUGAAAUCAUGAGUGUGGCGCCACCCUCUCGGUUUGGCUGGGCCCUGCAGGCCGUUUUUAAAGGCGUCCUGAUGGGCCUUGUGGGGUACGCCUGCUAUCGAGCUGGUGGGACUUUAGGCAGAACACUGAUGUCUAUACCUGCUGUCAAAGCACUAGUGGAAAAUCUGAGACUGUCCCACGCUUGAUCCCAAAGGUUUUCUUCUAUCCGUCAGUGACAAAUCUAUAUUAAAAUGCAUCUCUCACCAAUAGCCUUACAGGACGUGUGGAGGAUUUGACCAGUCGCUGCAGUGGACCUCAGGAGGUUAGAUAUCUCCUACCUCUGAUGCUCUUGUAAACAGAGCAGUACUGCCAAAUAAACCAUGACAGUACUUUGAGCAUUUUGCCAAAAAUUGUUAUAUAUUUUUUUUUUACUAAAACCCGGUUAGAUUCAUUUAGUUUUCAUAUGGGAGCCUUUUAAACAUUAUACUUAUUAUUUGUGAGCCACGGCUAAGGUUUGUCAUCUUUACUUGGUGCCCAUAAUGUACUGGUGCUGCUUCAGUCAUUUGCAGCACUUCAUAGUUAACAUGAUUUGUAUAUGAUGAUUUAAUAAAUUCUGUAUAUUUUAAAUAAUAAUAUAAAACAGAUACAACUAUUACUGUUAAUGUUGACCCACUUGUUGGUCUUAUCAACAGCGAGUGCCUCAUUUAGCUGCAAGGGCUGUACGAGAGAAUCUUUAUACGGUACAAUGCCUCUUUCUACAAGAAAACGUUUGCUCUACAGUAAUAAUUUUUAAUUAAAUGGGACCAGAGCUGUUCCAUGGUUUUAUACUCGGUCAUUGUCAGAUCAGCACUAUGCAAGACCUACAGUAAAUGUGCCUCAGGUUAAAAACACAUUUCUCUUAAACAUUUUUCUCUGCACCUGUUCAUUUGGACUUUUUAUAAACUGGUUUCUGGUUUCUUGUUAUAUGCUUUGACUAUGACCUAAAAGCCAUCUGUGUAUUAUGAAAUACAAUGAGAUUAUGUGUAAUAAUUGUAUACAAUAUGCAAUAAAUUCCCCAGAGCAGUUUUAUUGAAUUAAAAUUUA